CGCUCUGCUGACGCAACCACGUCAGUGUAGUCCGCUGCAUGGCGGACCGUAAUGUCCCCAGAACUGCCCAGGGAGGGACCGAGCAAAGUCACUGAGACACUCUCACAUUCUUCCCUCCGACCACCUGUUCUCCAGAGGCUCCCGCAGCGGAAAUAGUAUGCGGGACGUGUUGCGCGCUGAGCGGGACGAGCCUGAAGUGGAGUGACGCGUCCGCAGCCAAGCAGCAAGUUGACCGACAGAACAAAAGUCGCGUCGACCGGGAAGAAGGAGGACAGGCGCUCCAGGAUUUAACGCAGCUGCCUUUUUUUUUUUUAAGGGACACUUGUUCUGGCAAAAUGAAAUUCGCGGAACAUCUUGCGUCCCACAUCACCCCAGAGUGGAGGAAACAAUAUCUUCAGUAUGAGGCCUUCAAGGAUAUGCUGUACGCUGCCCAGGACCAAGCUCCAUCUAUGGAAGUCACUGAUGAAGACACGGUGAAGAGAUACUACGCAAAGUUUGAGGAGAGGUUUUUCCAGACCUGUGAAAAGGAGCUUUUGAAAAUCAACACAUUUUAUUCAGAAAAGCUCGCUGAAGCCCAGAGACGAUUUGCGACGCUGCAGUACGAGCUGCAGUCGUCACUGGACGCUCAGCGGGAGAACGUCACUCCGCCGGGUCUGCGGAAACGCAAGACUAUGUUCCACCUAUCCCAGGAGGAGCGCUCCCAGCACCACAACAUCAAGGACCUGAAGCUAGCCUUCAGCGAGUUCUACCUGAGCCUCAUCCUGCUCCAGAACUACCAGAACCUGAACUUCACUGGAUUUCGUAAGAUCCUGAAGAAACAUGACAAGAUUCUGGACACGACUCGUGGGGCCGACUGGCGGGUGUCUCACGUGGAGGUGGCACCUUUUUACACCUGCAAGAAGAUCACACAACUGAUCACCGAGACUGAGACCCUGGUAACUACAGAGCUGGAGGGAGGAGAUCGCCAGAAAGCCAUGAAGAGGUUGAGAGUUCCUCCACUUGGAGCAGCUCAGCCUGCUUUGGCCUGGACAACUUUUCGAGUCGGUCUGUACUGCGGCUUCUUCGUCAUUCUCGCCAUCGCCUUUGUUCUCACAGGUGCUGUGUUCAUCCGUUUUGAGAACGUGUGGCCUCUGGUGCGGAUCUACCGCGGUGGUUUCCUGUUGAUCCAGUUCCUUUUCCUGUUGGGCAUUAACACUUACGGAUGGAGACAGUAUGGAGUCAACCAUGUGCUCAUCUUCGAGAUCGAUCCCCGAAACAACCUGUCACACCAACACCUGUUUGAGAUUGCUGGCUUCCUGGGCGUGUUGUGGUGUCUCAGCAUCCUCUCGUGUCUCUACUCCGAGUACAUCUACCUCUCCAUGCAGAUCAACCCUCUGGUUCUUUACGGCUUCAUGGUGCUCUUUCUCAUCAACCCAUUCAAAACCUGCUACUACAAGUCACGCUUCUGGCUCCUCAAGCUACUGUUCCGUGUGUUCACGGCUCCGUUUCAUCGGGUGGAGUUUGCAGACUUCUGGCUGGCAGAUCAGCUCAACUCCCUGGUGUUUGUUCUCAUGGACCUGGAGUAUCUCUUCUGCUUCUACAUAUUUGAGCUUCAGUGGAGCAGCAGAAAGGGACUGCUUCCGAAAGGAUCUCGAGGCACCGUCGUGGAGAGGAGGAGUGUCUGGUUUGGGACCCUCAGGGUCUCAUCCCUGCUUCACGCAGAUGAUGUAGUUCUGCUUGCGUCUUCAGGCCAAGGCCUUCAGCGUGCACCGGGACGGUUCUCAGCUGAGUGUGAAGUGGCUGGGAUGAGAGUCAGUUCCUCAAAGUCUGAGGCCAUGGUUCUUGACUGGAAAUGUGGUGGAAUGCUUCUCCAGGUCUGGGAGGAGACUUUGCCUCAGGUGAAGGAGUUAAAGUAUCUGAGCAUCUUGUUCACGAAACAAAGUCAUCUGGAUGCUGACACGUUCUUCUACCUGCUCAUUGUGUUUUCAAUCAUCAGCUCCCUCUACACACUGAUCUGGGAUCUGCGUAUGGAUUGGGGUCUGUUUGAUCGUGGAGCUGGAGAAAACACUUUCCUGAGGGAAGAAAUUGUUUACCCACAUAAGGCCUACUAUUACUGUGCCAUUGUGGAGGACGUGAUCCUUCGUUUUGCCUGGACCAUCCAGAUUUCUCUGACUACGAUGACCCAGGGCGACUCGGUGGGGGACAUCGUAGCCACCGUCCUCGCUCCUCUUGAGGUCUUCAGGCGCUUUGUGUGGAACUUCUUUCGUCUGGAGAACGAGCACCUGAAUAACUGCGGUGAGUUUCGAGCGGUGCGGGACAUCUCCGUGGCGCCGCUCAACGCCGAUGACCAGACGCUGCUGGAGCAGAUGAUGGACCAGGAGGAUGGCGUGAGGAACCGCUCAGGCAAAAAGACCUGGAAAGGGUCCCACAGCUUGUCCCUCAGACGCCCCCUGCUGUCCACCUCACAAUCGAAGAAGGACACGAAGGUGCUGAUUGAGGAUACGGAUGACGAGGCCUUCAGUUGAGUCCACUGCGUCAGCAUCUACACACAUUUAUUUACCCCACUAUGCUUAUAAAGACCUCCUUUCUCACACCUCAGCCUUCUCCUUCAUAAUUUAAUACAAGCAUUUAGAACCUGAGGUCCGUGCUCGUCUUUACAGAAGUUGCCUCAUCGUUACGUCCUUGUGAAUAGAGUUGGUCUUUAUAAGUAUAGACGACACACAAACAAAGAGAAACCUGCUGAAGCACAAGUGCAGUGGGAUACCGAUACUGCCGAGGAGCGCGCUGAGGCCACACCCGUCACACAGAUGUCAAGAGAAAAACCUUCAGAUAACUGUAAGACCAAACCACUCUGCCCGGGAUUACCCCCCGCUUUCUUAAAUAGACUUUUUUAGUUCUUUUUUUCUAUUUAGUUUCUUGAGAUUCUUUAGUUUUUCCUUUAAGAUUGGCUGCAGACGACUGUUUACACGCCUUUAAACACCACUAGGAUCAACAGGGAGAAGUCUAAGCAAAUCAAGACUCAACGACAGCAUAUCAAAACUGAUCAACUGGUUUCAGCUUGUUGAUUCUUUUUAUACUACUUUUAUUAUCGUUAUCCUUCUUAUUUAGCUGUAGUAACAUCAGUGACACCAUCACAACCCUGGAGGCACUUGCAGGAAAAGUGCAUUUACUACACGAACCAUAGAAAUAGUCAUAAAGGGAAGUUUUGAUUCAAACAUUUCUAAUCUCUGAAGUUUCUUUGUAAGAUAUGUUGAUGUGCGUUAUUAUUAUUAUUAUAGCUGUGAAGUACUUUUAGAUGUGUUAUUUAUACUGGUAUGGCUAGAUUGAACCCCCUCACGGCGAUCGCUGAUGAAUUUUAUAUUGUGCAAAAUGUUUUUCAUGGUUAAACUUGUGCCAUGCUUUUGAUAAGUAGACCCCCAGUGUACCCCCAAACUCAAAACGAUUUGUGGAUUUUAAGUCAUGAUUGUUGUCUUGAAGACCCUGAAUACAAGGUGCGUGCACAGACAUGAACGCUUGUUGGCAGAACUCGAGGGGAUCAAUGGGAUGAAUUGGUUCACUCGCUCAAAACCUGCUGCUCGUUUUAUGAACUAGCGUUGGUGUUUCGCCAUCUUUAAUUGGACUGAACAGUUUGAACCGAUUUUAUACAUCAGUGGAUCUCAAAACAGGAAGCAGGACCAAAAGAUAAAAUGUGGAGCACUUUUAAUACUAAAUAGGAGUAAUUAAGAUGUAGUUGAGCAACGAAAUGGCAUCAGAUACAUGAUAGAUUUGUAGUGAGAAAAGAACAGAGUUGCCGUAUUUUUCGAACUAUAAGGCGCAUUUAAAAUCCUUUAAUUUUAUCAAAAAUCG